AUGUCCCUCAUUCCGUCUCGCUUUCUGCCCGCCCGGGUGAGCGAUGCCAGCGAGCAGGAGCUGGCCCAGGCGCUCGCUCAACUCCGCGCCGUGUACGCCAUCGGCGUGCCGCGCGAGAUGUGGGUGUGGGAAGGCGAGCACGCCGACGAGGAUGAGGAGACAGAUGACGCGUUCGAGGCACACUACGUGCGCACAUGGCUCCAUCGCCUCGUGCAGUAUGGAUGCACGCAUGCCAAGGCCGCUGAUCUCGUGGAUGAGGCCGCCUCCGUGCUUGUGCAUCUCGCGGGCCAGGCAGCAUGCGGCGAGCGAUGGUGCACCUACUAUUUUUUUCUCACACCACACGCGCCACGACAUUCGGACGAGGCGGUAGCGAGUGUGAGCAUCUGCGAUGGCGCAUUUGUGGGAGAUGCACUAGGCGUACGCACAUGGGGCGCAGCGCCGUACCUGACACGCCGGCUGAUCCAGCAGUACGCGAGCGCCGGCAAGCACAUGCUGCCUCGGCGUGUCUUGGAGCUCGGCGCGGGCACAGGCCUCGUGGGUCUAGGUCUGGCGCAGUGGCUCGGAGCGCAGCGUGCUGAUGCUCACAUCACACUCACUGACUACGAUGCGACAGUGCUUGCCAACCUGCGCAGGAACGCUGAGGCAAGUCACGGUCGCGCGGACGUCCGACACCUCGACUGGGAAACGGUGUAUCGAGACAUGCAAACAACAUCCAGGUGCUAUGAUACAUGGGCACAGGAAACACUACCACAUGAUAGGGAUACAUCGCCUGCGCAAUAUGGCGGCGUCGACCGACACGAACAGUUUGACGUCCUCGUCGCCGCGGACUGUAUCUAUGAUCCGCAGCACGCACUGUGGAUCCAUGCCGUGGCCGAGCGGCAUCUUGUACGCCCCACAGCAGCGUAUCCAAGCCCCCAACUGCACAUGCUUGUGCCUGUACGACGCACGCAUCUCGCUGAACUAGCGAGUGUGCACGCCGUCUUUUCAGAGUCUAGCCCGUUUCGCAUCGCUCAGACCCACGUUAUUCAGGGCCACGAUGAUUUCGGACCACCUUGCCUGUCUUCACAGAGCCCCCGAGCACGAAAAGGCAACCCAAUUUCCUGCCAGCACUUUGUCAUCGAGUGGCGUCACGACUCGCCCUUCCACGCCUGA